AUGGACGCCGUAGACAUUCCAGAGACUCGACACCACGACCACCAACAUCCACAACCACAACCGCGACGGCGGCACCCCGUCAAGGUCGGGACGUGGCUUCCGGUCGAGGACGAGCGCCUCCGCGAGGCAGUGACCAAAUACGGCACCCGAUGGGUGAGGGUAGCGCGUGAGGUGGAAACUCGCAACGGGGACCAGUGUGCGAAGCGGUGGAACGAGAACCUGAACCGGAGCUGGACCACAGCCCAUGGACACCAGAGGAGGUACUCCCUGCUGAUGCGGCGCCUUAAUCGCCAGGGAACUGGGCAACAACAAGCCGCCAACACCGGUGACGCUCAAUUACUGCGACAUGCUUCACUCUCUGCACUGUCCAGUGGGAGUGUGUCACCAUCGCCUAACAGCGCCAUCGACCUGACGGGCUUUUUUGGGGCCGGUAGGGGUCCGCCCCGUCUGCACCCGGAUGAUGCAACCAUGAGUGCUGCCAGCAGCAACUUCUCCCUCCCGACACCCCCAUUCAGCGCCGGCAUGAUGGCCAUCAGCGAUGCCACUGGAACUGGUGGCCGGCGACAAGGAAGAGGAGGCACAGCGCUGGGAAAGACGACGGCAACAACAGCAACAGCAUCAUGGGACGAUCAGGACCCCAUCUGGAACCAGCACGCCUUUUUAAGGGCCGAGAUGGAGCCGGACAGCGUUUCGACCAGCACCGGAACCAACAGCAGGGAGAACGGGGUGGAGAAGAUGGCCAUGAUGUCGGAUAAUGGCAAUGGCACCCGACGCUUGCCACAGAGCGGAGAUGAAUCGAGCCUGCGGAGCGCGGCGCUCUCGUCGGACGGGCCGGGAAGUGGUAUCGCUCCUGCAGGGGAGGUGGAGUACUCGGUCACCUGCCAAUGGAGAAAGCUUAAGACGCUGAUGAACCAUCUGGUGGACGCGGCCAUGUCGGAGAGUGAGGAAUGGACAACGGAAGAUGAUCAGCAUCAUUCGAUACUGGAGUAUGAGAGGAAAGUUGCUGCUUUCAUUGCAGAACAUGUCUUCACUCUAGCCUGGCGGAUACGGUCUGAACUUGGAAUUCUAGAUCAACUCGGAGAAACGGCAUUCGAGGAUGAAAAAGCAUAUUGCUCCUCCCCAGGGUUUUUCAGUGAAGCCUUUGACGCAGAUCCUUCGAUUGGGGAAACUUCACAAGAUGCGUUUUUCAUUCAGCCAAAUUUUGCAACGGUGCAGCGCUUCAUCUUGAGCUCGCCGAGUUUUCAGAGACUCAUUACUCGGCUUGAGCAUUGUGUUGAUCAACUCCGUGACGAAAAUGAAGCUCGGAUUUCGGUAAAUCAGCAAGAAAAGGGUGGCGUGAGGAAGGUUUUCUGGAGGAUCUUUUCGCAUAUAGCCAGGCUCUUAGAGCCAGAACCACACGCAGAAACUACUCGCAUCAGGUGGAGUUGCUCUUGUGGGACUAUGAUGUGGGACGACUUCCCUCAACGAAGCCCCGCCGAUGCUAAGAUCCUCGAAAUAAGGCUCAACAGGCUCUUCCGGACUGUACCGAACGGUCAUACCGCGACUCAAAAUUCGAAUAUUACAUUCAAGCCUUUCAGGUCACUCCAAGUGCUUUGCAAGUCUUUUUGUGCGUUGGUCGGAAAAUUUACAAGAAGGAACGCUCGACAGCGCGACCCUGAAGACACCAUUUCGCUGCCGUCUCACCAGAUCGAACCGGACGCGGAUAUCUACCUAUUGACAUGUGUGGAUGCUGACCAGGGACUACCAAAAUUGUUCCAAAAGAAAUGGAACUCCGUUGAGAACGACAAAGCAUAUUUCCAGAUGUUGCGAACAUAUUAUGAGACCAGUCGCACAGGAUGGAGGGAUUGGUUGACAUUUCAGACAGUCACUGCGAUUGAUUAUGUUCGGUUCCACCCGACCAUGACCUGCUUAGCAUCUAUUUGCCUCGAUACACCCGCAUAUCCACCCGAUGCUAGAGCUCUUGAGUACGAGCCAUGCGAAUCCUCCCUCAAGGACGACUUCGUAUUUGAAGCUUGGCCACCAAGGACGCUACUUCACCUUUACAGGAAAAGCCACGACAUUGACACGCACCGUCGCAUCAUUCGACGCAUACCACGAAAACUCAACGGUAGGCUACUGGUUGUCGGUGACGACGCAGAAGUAGGCUGGGGAAUGUAUCUCCGCGCCGGUCUUCAUUGGGAAAAAUUCUUCUGGACCUGCCUUGUGGCUCUUUCACUGUGUUUGGCACCCGGCCUGGUUUGGUGGAUGCUUCGAGACGACAUUCAAGGGGGCACGGGCAUUACGAGUUGCCUGAUGGGAUUUGUUGGCUUCUUCGUUGCCGCAGCGACUUUCGGCAGGCGAUAA